GCGUUAAUGCGCUCUCACGAAGCAGAGAAGCGCCUCACCAAGAAGAUCCGUGACCUUAACACGGAGAUUAGCACCAGCGCACAGAAUGUGCAGACCGCCCUUAGCACGGCGGCUGAGGAUCAGAAGCAGAUCGCCGUCCUCCGGCAGGAGAUUGAGGCGAAGCAAAAGCAGGUUGAGGAGACCAAUCGCAAAGAGGAGCAGACCAAAGAGACCAUCAGCAAGCGGAAGAAUGAGAUUGAAGACCUGAUCUCAAGGAUAGAGCAGGGUGCCGGCAUGUCUGAGGAGCAAGAGUUCCAGCUGAACCAGCUGAUCGGCCAGAGGGAGCAGCUGGAGAAGGAUAAAGAGCUCUUGAAGCAGAAUACCGAGAUGCUUCAGAGGAUCACCCAGGGCCGUCUAGACGAGGUCCAGCACUUGGAGAAAUCGUUGUCGGAGGCCGAGGGACAGAUCUUGGUCAUGAAGGAGAAGAUUGCAGAGAAGCGCGGCGAGGUCGAAGUCGCAAAGCGUCAGAAGGAUGAGUUGGAGCAGAAGAUGAAGGACCUCCGUGAAGAGAAUGACCAGAGACAGGAGGAGUUGGCAGCCGCACGGAGGAAUAUUGCCACGGAGCAGGCAGAGCUGCGGAAGAUCCAGCAGGCGGUAGCGGACACGGAGAAGGAGGAGGAAAGGUUGGAAAGGCGAGUCCACCAGCGGAUGGACGAGAAGCGGAAGCUGGAAGAGAAGCUGGAACAG